GUCUCUUUAGGGCAAGAGUUCAGCGCUUUUACUGAGCCGCUGCUCGGCGGGAAUGCGGGGAAUCUCCUGACUUUUAACACUAUAAACCCGGAGAAUCAGCCCGAGGAGAAUAAACACUCCAACAUGCGGCUUUUAGCGGCUCUGAGAGAAGUUUUAAACCCAGCUCCUCUGAUCCAGCACUGGGACUGAGGAUUCCGGGAGGAACGCUCACCUCAGAUAUUAAAGUGGAUCACAAUGGUGCUCCUUAAAGUUGAAAGCUGACAUCAUAUCUAACAAUGUAAGAGGAUGGAAAACGCAGCCAACUCCGUGCCUGAGUGUAGCGAUUCCAAUGGCUACGUCAACAAAGUCUUCAACGUGUCGCUGGACAUGGAGAGCGAGACCGGGAUUGUGCGAAUCCGUGAGUCCAAGCCUGAGGAUGCCUCUUCCUGUCAGACGCCCAUCAGAGAGAAGCAGGAGCCUGGCCGGGGGCCCAGGAACGCAGGCAUCUGGAGGAUCCUUAACCGCCGCAGGGUCGCCUCUGAGAACGAGAGGCGGCCUCACUCUAUGAUCCUUCCUGGGGAAGCGUCCAUUCCCAAGUUGUCGUUUGCUGACAAGGUAAGGGGCUUCAAAAAGUUGAAGUCUCCCUCUGUUUUCAGAGGGAAAGUGGGCAAGCUCGCCAGUGCGAAGCUCCACAGCGGGCUUAAAGAUGAGACAAAUGAAGACAGUAGGGACUCGCCUGCUUUGUUGCACUCUCAGAGGAACUUUCUCAGGAAUAAAAGUAAGAGACACUCGUACGCCGGCUACACUACUGAGUUUGACUGUUCCUUCGAGGAUAUAGACCUUUCUGCCACGCUUGAGAACGAUCACCAGUUGCCAAGCCAUCAGAAUGGAUGUAAGGCUGCGGAAAGAGUCACAUACACAAAGAAAGCCCAAUCCAACUUUUCCAACUGCAACAACUCGUCUGUGACUGUGCACGAGGAACGUCAGAUGAAGGACAGCCCCAAGGUACCCCUCGGAGGAAGACGUUCAAAGGGGGGUGAUGUUUGGACUUACUUGAGGAGAAUUUCCUUCAUAGGAAAGGGAAAUUCGAAUUUGUUCGAAAAGAGUUUUGACUCCAUGUACACACUGGACAAAACUAUCGACUCUGACUACGGCUCUGUCGAUCUAGAAUGUAUUAAAGACUUUAAUCGAGCGCCUAAACAGACAGGCCCGGAAGUCAAGGGUGGCACUUUUGGAGGCCUCUUCAGGUUCUUCAACAGUGUGGCCGAGACCGCCCGGAAAUGGAGGAACUCAUCCCGGUCCUUCACGCCUCCUGAAGAAGAGCGCUCCUCCGUCGGCUCGCCGAGGACGCAGCGGACGGGAGAGUUCCUUCACUCUGCAUCCGCAACAUUAAAAAGUGAAGACCAGGCUCAAGCCUCGGCUCUCUCCUCUGACGGGUGUGACCUAAUUUUACCUGCUGAAGCUGUGAGCCCAUCUCCUCGCGUGGUGCUAAAGUCCUGGAAAGCGUGUCCAGACACAUCGAGCGCCAACGGUUUCCAGGGAAGCGUCUCUGACGGCACAGAAUCCCAACUCACCUCCACUCACACCUCUCUGGCCACUAUUGAGAACCACCAGAGAAGUGAUGGCCAGGAGGGGAGUUCUCUGUCUGAGCCUGAGCUCCAGUUUGACCUUCUGGAGCAGGAGGAACGGCCUCAGGAGCAGAGGGAAAAUGGGUUAGAGGCUUCGGCUUCAUCACACAGAUUGAAAAUUCUGCGCAGUCGAGGAAUUGGGGAAAAGAGAGAUACUUGCAGCAGUAGUAGGGACUUAGCUCCAGACUGCCCAGAUGAGAUAUUUAAGGCCACAGCAGGUGGCUGCUGUUACACGGGCGAGGGAAGUCCAAGGCGCUUCAGAACAUCUGGAGCAUCGAGGGUACCCCCUCCAAAAAGACCCCGGCUGCGACCUGCUUCUGUGUGCAUGUCUGGGCCGAGCGUGCAGUGUCCCACCAUAACGGAGGGGGUUCUGUCCUCUGGAAAUGAGGAGCAGUGCUGUCUGUGGCGGUGGCAGGGCUGUUCCAGCAUGCCUCGGCCAAUCGUACCAAGGAGACAACGUCCUCUCAGGAGACCACAGUCUGUCAUAGAGGGACAAGCACUCGUCCAUCCCAAAUCCCCAAUGGAACCACAGAGAGCCCUUUCUCGCCCUCCUGGCGUGUCGCCCCAGGACCCUCCUUUUAAGGUGGUGCUCCAGAGGUGUCGUUCGCUGCCUCUUCCCCAGACGUCCUGGCCUGGACUGGAGGCAGCCGGACUGUCGGAGCUGCUCGCCCAACGAGAUGGGUGUGUGGCACAGUCAGCUACUGUCCGGUUACGGAAUGGCAGCACCAGAUCCAAUCGGAGGAAGCUGCUAAGACCGGGUUCUGGACCUCUACAAGUGAAUAUGCUGAUCAGUGGAGGAUCGAUCGUCAGCGCAGAGGCAGUAUGGGAUCACGUGACCAUGGCCGACCGCGAGUUGGCAUUUAAGGCCGGGGACGUCAUCAAGGUCCUGGAUGCCUCGAACAAGGACUGGUGGUGGGGCCAGAUCGAUGAUGAGGAGGGAUGGUUCCCAGCCAGCUUUGUGAGGGUCGAACCCCACCCUCCUCAACCCCAAACAAAACAGGUUUUCUAUAUCAACCCUAUAGCAACUCCAAGGUUCCAAAACACAACAGCAAAGCUGUGGGUGAAUCAGGAGGACCGAGCGGUGGAGCCGGCCGAGGGCACGAGCGAGGUCCAGAAUGGUCACCUUGACCCGGGCAAUGAUUGCCUCUGCCUGGGUCAGCCUCUGCAGAACAGGGACCAGAUGAGGGCCAAUGUCAUCAACGAGAUCAUGAGUACCGAGCGGCAUUACAUCAAACACCUGAAAGACAUUUGUGAGGGUUACUUGAGGCAGUGCAGGAAGAGGGUUGACAUGUUCAACGAUGACCAGCUAAGGGUCAUAUUUGGCAACAUUGAGGACAUCUACAGAUUUCAGAUGGGAUUUGUUCGGGAUUUGGAAAAGCAGUACAACACAGAGGAACCUCAUCUCAGUGAAAUCGGACCGUGCUUCCUGGAACAUCAAGACGGCUUCUGGAUCUACUCGGAAUACUGCAACAACCAUCUGGACGCAUGCAUGGAGCUGUCCAAGCUGAUGAAGGAUGGGCGCUACCAGCACUUCUUCGAGGCUUGUCGCCUUCUUCAGCAGAUGAUUGACAUCGCGAUCGAUGGCUUCCUGCUCACCCCCGUGCAGAAGAUUUGCAAAUACCCGCUGCAGCUGGCGGAGCUACUCAAAUACACAGCGCAGGAGCACAGUGACUACCGCUAUGUGGCUGCAGCACUGGCUGUUAUGAGGAACGUCACCCAACAGAUAAACGAGCGCAAGAGAAGACUGGAGAACAUUGACAAGAUCGCUCAGUGGCAGGCGUCUGUGCUGGACUGGGAGGGUGAUGAUAUUCUGGAUAGGAGCUCAGAACUGAUCUACACAGGGGAACUGUCCUGGAUAUACCAGCCUUAUGGGAGGAGUCAGCAGCGAGUAUUCUUCCUCUUUGACCACCAGCUGGUUUUGUGUAAAAAGGACCUGAUACGACGCGACAUCCUGUACUACAAAGGCCGCAUCGACAUGGACAGGUAUGAUGUGAGGGAUGCAAUCGAUGGCCGGGAUGAUGACUUCAACGUCAGCGUCAAGAACGCUUUCAAACUUCAUAACAAGGACACAGAGGAGAUCCACAUCUUCCUAGCCAAAAAGCUAGAGGAGAAGAUUCGCUGGCUCAGGGCUUUUCACGAGGAGCGUAAGAUGGUGCAAGAAGAUGAAAAAAUAGGCUUUGAAAUUUCUGAAUAUCAGAAACGGCAAGCAGCUAUGACAGUGCGUAAGGUGACUAAACAGAAAGGUGUGAGCCAAAACAGGUAUGUGCCCCCUUCAUCCCCGCCCCCACAGGACCCCAUAGCCCAAGGGCAGUACAUACUCCCUGACCACUUGGCACAAUCAGAUCUAUACGAGAUUCAUCAACCUAGGCGGAGCCAGUCUCCAUUCUGGCAAAAUUUUGGUAGGUUAGCAUUGUUAAAAAAGUAGCCAUCUCUCUGGAUACGGAGGCUGUUUUUUUUUUUGCUUAUUUCUUCUGAAUAUCUCACACUGCGGACAGACAAUAACAGUGGACUAAAGACUUUGCUCAUCAUGACGAUGACGAAGACAUUUCAGCAUCCAGUGACUGAACGGCAUCAAAAACAUCUGUUGUUCAUUAUUUUAUUGUUUGUUAUUUUAUUUUACUUUUUACAUUUAAUUUCCAGAUUGGCACAAUGUAAAAUGACAAAGUGUGUGUCAUUUAUUAUUGACGCUUAAUGUGUACUUUGCUAUCUAGAAUAAUUGUUGGACUAUGAAUGAAUAAUGAAGAAAGGAGUAGUUCCUCCAAAAUGCUGGUGGUGGUGAGUGAAGUGGCUAACAGCUAAUGAAAGCUUUACUAGUGCUAACUGGUUACUACAAUGGGAAAGAAAAAAGGUAUGCAUAAAAUUUACUUAAUUAUUUUUUUUUUUGCAACUUUCUGCAUUUGCUUUUUUUUAAGUAAGUUUAAUUUCAGAUAAAUGUAAGUAACUCAAGUCACUUCAACUCAAUUUCAAGACUUAAAUGUUAAUA